AUGUUUUAUGCUAGUGAUAGAGAGGAUAACUCAGAAAUGAAAUGGAUCAUAAACCCUUUCGAAGAUGAUUAUAUUAAAAACAUUCCAGAAGGUAUUUUGGCAAAAGAAUUAUUUAUUGACUUAACCAGUGACUCUACCCUAAAAACCGCUUUCAAAACCAAAAAUAUCACUAAUUUUUGGCUGGACGUGAAACAAGAAUACUCGGCAUUGUCCACACAAGCUUUACAGUUUCUAAUCCCUUUUGUAUCAACAUAUCUGUGCGAAAAUACAUUUUCUCACUUAUUGUACACAAAAAAUAAAUAUAGAAGUAGAUUAAACGUAGAAAAUAAUUUAAGACUUAAAGUUAGCAAUUUGGAGCCCGAUAUUGACGUCACCGUCCGUUAA